UGAGACCUGAGGAGGCCGCACCUGGCUCAUGAAAGGGGUGGAGCCAGGAUCUCACCUUGUCCUAGAGGAGCCGGAAGCGAAGCGCGAGUGAGUGCCGGCCUAGGACAUUUAACCUGUUGAUCCUGUGCACGCAGGUAGAGGUCGCGGCUCCGAGCAAAGAGGUCCAGUGGGCAGCUCCCAAGAUGUGGAGAUCAGCACUUACAAAAGGGAGGCUGCUGUCCAAGGAUCCUGCAGGUCAGUGCACCAGCCAGGGCUAGGGCCACGUCUACAAGUGCCCUCCCACCCCACGCAGAAGCCUCCUGCAAAGGCGCUUUGAGGCGUGACACCAACAACCAGCCAUGAACUACGUGGGGCAGCUGGCGGAGACAGUGUUCGGGACGGUGAAGGAGCUGUACCGGGGCCUGAACCCCGCCACGCUGAGCGGCGGUAUCGACGUGCUGGUUGUGAAGCAGGCUGAUGGCUCCUUCCGCUGCUCACCCUUCCACGUGCGUUUUGGGAAGCUGGGCGUCCUGCGGUCACGGGAGAAGGUGGUGGACAUCGAGAUCAAUGGGGAGCCAGUGGACCUGCACAUGAAGCUGGGAGACAGCGGUGAAGCCUUCUUCGUCCAGGAGCUGGAGAGCGAUGAGGAACACGUGCCUCCUCGCCUGUGCACCUCACCCAUCCCUUGGGGGGGCCUGUCUGGCUUCCCUUCAGACUCCCAGCUGGGCACAGCCAGCGAGCCCGAGAGCCUCGUUGUUGUGGGCGCGGCCUCCACGGGGCGGAAGAAGCGGCGCCGCAGGAAGAAACCCAGGCGGAAGGAGGAUGCGGUGGCAAGUGACUCUAGUUCAGAGGAACUGGAGGCAGGCCCUGAGAGUGAGCUGUCCCUGCUGGAAAAGCCGAGGCCAGAGCUUUCAGGCAGUGUCCAGCUGGAAGGAGAACCCUCGCUGCAGCCCAAAGACAUUUAUCCCUACUCCGAUGGCGAGUGGUCGCCGCAGGCCAGCCUCUCGCCAGGUGGGCUGUCAUCCCCUAAGAGCGACUCGGAGUUGGAGCUGCGGACCCCGGAGCCCAGUCCACUGAGAGCUGAGUCCCACAUGCAGUGGGCCUGGGGGAGGCUGCCCCAGGUGGCCAAAGCUGAGAGGCCCGAGUCCUCGAUGGUCCCUGAAUGCAGCACCAAGGCAGCUUCUCUUCCAGGGGGACCCAGCACCCCCUCUGUCUCUAUGGCUCAUAUGGACCCUUUGGGACCCUCAAUCCUGCAGCCAGGAGCUGGCACUGACCUGCUUCAGCCCGAGCUGAAGCCCUACUUGAGUGAAACUCUGGUGGGUUCCCCUCUCCCCACCCCAGAAAGUGAGGAAGCCAAGACUCUGAGCUCCAAGGACACAGGCGUCCUUCCCAUCUCUAAAUCACAGAGCUGGGCCGCUCAGCAGCCAAAGAGGGCCUCCAGGGGGAAAGGUUCCCUGAAGAGAAGCCAGCACCUAGGUCCCAGUGACAUCUACCUGGACGACUUACCCUCCCUGGACUCUGAGAAUGCAGCCCUUUACUUCCCCCAGAGUGACUGUAGACUAGGGGCCAGGAGGUGGAGUGAACCUAGCAGCCAGAAGCUUCUGGGGGACUCCCUACCUGAACACACCCCAGAACCCACUGCUGACACUGUGGACACCAUAGCACUAUCCCUGUGUGGUGGACUGGCAGACAGCCGGGACAUCUCCAUAGAGAAGUUCAACCAGCACGUCGUCUCCUAUGAGGACCUCACCCAAAACCCCAGUCUCCUGGACGACCCAAACCUAGUGGUGAAAAUCAAUAGGAAGCAUUAUAACUGGGCUGUGGCUGCCCCCAUAAUCCUGUCCCUGCAAGCCUUCCAGAAGAACCUUCCCAAGAGUACCGUGGACAAAUUGGAGAAGGAGAAGAUGCCUCGGAAGGGUGGGCGAUGGUGGUUUUCCUGGCGACGCAGGGACUUCCCAGCUGUGGAGCACAGUGCCCAGGAGAAAACCACAGCAGUGGAGCAGCCAGGGGCAAAGGCCGAGGUCCUGAGCAGCGAUGACGAUGCCCCAGACAGCCCUGUGAUCCUCGAGGUCCCCUCCCUGCCACCCUCGACCUCGGCCUACACUCCUACCUACAAGAAGUCCCUCCGCCUCUCCUCCGAUCAGAUCCGACGCCUGAACCUGCAAGAAGGUGCCAAUGAUGUGGUCUUCAGUGUGACCACCCAGUACCAGGGCACCUGCCGCUGCAAGGCCACCAUCUACCUGUGGCGGUGGGAUGACAAGGUGGUCAUCUCCGACAUUGAUGGCACCAUUACCAAGUCAGAUGCUCUGGGCCACAUUCUGCCCCAGCUGGGGAAAGACUGGACACACCAGGGCAUCACCAGUCUCUACCACAAAAUCCACCUAAAUGGGUACAAGUUCCUGUAUUGCUCUGCGCGGGCCAUCGGCAUGGCUGACCUCACCAAGGGGUACCUGCAGUGGGUGAGCGAGCGGGGCUGCGGCCUCCCCAAGGGCCCCAUCCUGUUGUCCCCUAGCAGCCUCUUCUCGGCCCUCCACAGAGAGGUGAUUGAGAAGAAGCCAGAGGUGUUCAAGAUCGCCUGCCUAAGUGAUAUCCAGCAGCUGUUCCUGCCCCAGGGCCAGCCCUUCUACGCCGCCUUUGGGAACAGGCCCAAUGAUGUCUUUGCGUACCAGCAAGUGGGCCUGCCUCAGUCCCGCAUCUUCACUGUCAACCCACGCGGAGAGCUUAUCCAGGAGCUCAUGAAGAACCACAAAUCCACGUACGAGCGGCUGAGCGAGGUGGUGGAGCUCCUCUUCCCGCCUGUGGCCCGUGGCCCCAGUGCAGACCUGGCCAACCCUGAGUACAGCAAUUUCUGCUUCUGGCGGGAGCCACUGCCCACUGUGGACCUUGAUGCCCUGGCCUGAACCUGGCCUGGCCACCUCC